AUGGCAAACCACGAACAUGAGAGCGAACCCCCACCUUCGAUGUCGGCAUCCUUCAUGUCUGAGCGGACGGCCUUGCUGGCAAAAGCGAGACAUAAGAGGGAAGAACCUGGGUUCAUGUCCAGAUUGGAUUAUUUCCUAGUUAUGCCUGCUUUACUGUCGAAUACAUUACUUGCUGCUUUCGAAAGUACCAUAGCUGCCUCGACUCAAUCAUCGAUAGGAGCAGAGUUUCACGCAAGUGAUAAUAUAGCUUGGGUGGCUACUUCCUAUCUGAUCGUUUCGACCGCGUUGUCUCCUCUUUAUGGAAGAGCAUCCGAUCUAUUUGGGCGAACGACGGUGUACCUGUUCGCCGUCAUAAUCUUCACCUUGGGAUGUCUGUUGUGUGGCUUGAGUAAAUCUUUGGGUCAGAUGAUCGCUGCUCGAGCAGUUUGUGGUAUCGGAGGUGCUGGUCUCAUCACUGGUGCACAAGCUGUCACUUGGGAUAUCCUUCCGUCUAGACUCAGGCCGUUAUAUCAGGCUUUCAACAAUACCAUUUUCGGGAUGGGAGCUGCAUUUGGUGCGACUCUAGGUGGAUUCAUGGCGGACACGAUAGGUUGGCGAUUCGCAUAUUUCGUUCCUGUACCACUUGGAGUAUUCGGUAUGACGGUUUUUCUUGCGAAAGUGAGACCAAAAUUACAAGAACUGCGAGAGGGUGAAAAACGAGGUCAAAUAGGAGCUAGCGAUAUUGACUACUUCGGAAGUGGAUUGAUCAUGACUGCGAUUACGCUUUUGUUGAUCGUAACCAAUCUUGGUGGACACGAAAUACCUUGGAAAAGUCCUUUGAUCCCCAUCGCUCUUUCCGGAGUUGUUAUAUCUACCUUGGCAUUCUUCCGACAUGAGAAGAAAGCUCCUUUACCUGUGUUACCUCUCAAUUUAUUGGGCGAUAGACAUAUGACCAGUCUGGUCUUGUUCAAUUUCUUCGCAUCAAUGGCUAUCUUCGGUUCCUUAUACCUGAUUCCCCUAUUCUUCCAAUCCACCCUUCUGACGACAGCAUCAGUAGCAUCCAGACGAUUACUAUAUCCUACUCUUUCGGCACCUAUCGGUUCGGUGUUGACUGGGAUAUUCCUACACCGAUUCCGAGAACAUGCCUAUAUCACUCAACGGCUCGGCGCUUUCAUCUUGUUUAGCGGAACCCUCGCUCUCCUAGCUUUGAGUUUUGAAGAUAAUAAUGGGAAAGGUGAAUUGCAAUUUGGUGUUCAUCUAAUCUGGGUGCAUCUGGGAAUGGGUAUAGGGUUCAUAUCGAGCUUGAUGAACGUUCUGGAUAUGGCCGGUACAGAACAUGCUUCGGCAAGUUCGAUGGUCUUCUUGAUUCGUUCAUUGGGCGGCGUCAUUGGAAUUCCAACUUCUCAAGCUGUACUUCAGAAUGUCUUACUGCAACAACUCCGAUCAAAUAUCACAGGGAAAGGCUCAAAAAGAACCAUCAGAGCAAUAAGGGAAUCGUUAUCGUAUCUGAACAGCCUCGAGCCUGAGUUGCGUGCAAAGGCGAUAAAUGCUUAUGUAGUAGCUUGUAGAGCUGCGUUCACAACUCUGGCAGUGGUUGGUGGAUUAGGUUUUGUAUCUCUGUUGUUGGGUAUAGGAGCCUAUAAAACUCAUCCAAUCAAUGAUGAUUGGGAAGAAGAAGAGAGAGAUGCUGAGGGCAAUCCAGCUACGAACCCGCCUUUAUCUUCCGGAAUACCUACAUUAGAGUGA